CCCCGGUUAAUACGGCGCUGCAGUCUUUUUAACUGCGUUCACAGCUUUUGCAAGCUGCCGCGGGAAAGAGGCUGCAGAUAGUUAACCUCACAUGCACUCUGCUAUAAUACAACCUACGAUUAUGAAUUUAGCAACAGGCAAGGACUAAUUCACUUUUUUUUUUUUAAAUAGCAAGUUACCACUUCGUUUGGCACGAAAUUAAGACGCAACAGGGACAGAAGAAUCAGAUUCAAAAUCCCAAACUUUUGCAAGCGAGACAAAAAGAGGAGUGUGGACAGAUCGAGAUAUUUUUCAAUCAAAUAAUAUUAUUUUUGUCUGUUGCUUUUUUUUUUUUGCGUCCACGCCCACAACAUAAAGAUAGCGCUCUGAAAAUACUGCGAUUGUCGGGAGCCGGCUGUUAAAUUAUUAUUUAAAAGCCUAUGCGUUUAAUAACAAGCCAAUUUGCCUAGUGCCCGUGGACUCGUUGGGAUAUCACAGAUUUUUUUUUGAAGGGGGAUACGUAUAAACAACAAGAAAAGCAUCGUAGCCAUCGAUGCCUGGAAUUAAUUCAAGCGACCCACUUUAUGAAAGCUGCGAGAUGGAGUACGACAGCUACCAGCACUAUUUCUACGAUGGCCACGACUCGGAGGAGGAUUUUUACAAAUCCACUGCACCCAGCGAAGACAUUUGGAAGAAAUUUGAACUGGUAGUAGCCACACCUCCCAUGUCGCCCAUCUGGUCCUUAGAAGGUGGCUUGCAAUCGCCUCCCAGCGCCGGGGACAAGCUGGAGUGGGUCUCCCAGUUUCUAGGUCAGGAGCAUGGUGAGGAAGGACAGUACAAGAUCGACACAGAGGAGAUUUUUGGCAAUCUCAGCUCGAUUAUCAUCCAGGACUGCAUGUGGAGUGGCUUCUCGGCCACACAGAGGCUAGAGAAAGUUGUAAACGAGCGGCUUUCAAACUCUGGGACAGCGGCGCUGCAGCCGACCAGGGUCACCCAAACGACUCAGACUGGCACUGCCAGCACAGGCGCCCAACCGGCGGCUGUUGCACAGAAUGCGUCACCGCUUAAUAAUAACCCGGCCGCGGAUUGUGUGGAUCCGGCUGCAGUCUUACCUAACCCAUUCACCGUUAGGAGCAAAAAGCAAGCGUCCUCAGGUUCCGAGUGCCGUACCGAUUCUGAAGAUGAAGAGAUUGACGUGGUGACCGUGGAGAGCAAGCAGAACAGGAGGAAGCCGGUGACGAUCACGGUGAGAGCCGACCCCCUCGACCCCUGCAUGAAACGCUUCCACAUCUCCAUCCACCAGCAGCAGCACAACUACGCGGCCCCCUCUCCGGACAUCUACCCCGACCCGGAGCCCCAGCCCAAGAGGAUCAAACAGGAGCCGCUCACCCCUCCCCCGGAGGAGCCGGACUUCAGACCCGCGCUGCUGCAGAGACGGCACAGCUCCAAGCCUGCCAGCCCGCAGAGCUCCGACACGGAGGACACCGACAAGAGGAAGACUCACAACUAUCUGGAACGCAAGCGGCGCAACGACCUCCGAUCCAGGUUCCUGGCCCUGCGGGACCAGAUCCCAGACCUGGCGGACUGCCCCAAGACCCCCAAAGUGGUCAUCCUCACCAAGGCCACGGAGUACCUGAAGGUGCUUCACACCAGCGAGAAGCACAAGACGCAGGAGAGGAAGCAGCUCAAGUGCCGGCAACAGCAGCUCUUGCGGAAGCUUACAAAAUUGAAACGAUCUUAAAAACCAGACCACCUUCUGUAAAGGGGGGAGAGGGAGGCUUGACACAAAUACCUUAGUGGUAUGACUUUUUUUUUGUUUUUGUUGCACAUUUUACUUCAACACAGGAGUUGACACGGUGGUAGACUGCAGCAGACAAAAAUGGACUGCGUAUCCUAGAUUGCUUUGCAGCCAAAGCACAUGACCCAUGGGUGGGUGAGGGCGGGUGGAGGUGGUUUUUCAGAUCAGCCCAUAUUCUGUGUCAGAAUCUUCUUCUGCUCCAUGUAUCCUGUAUAUAUAAAGUGUAAAAAGUGGUGUUGCCUUCUUCAGUAGGCAGUUCCCAUUGCUGCAUUUUAAAACUGUGAAUGGCAGUUACGUCCACGGGAGAGUUGUAAAUAUUGUAAAAUGGCAAACCUGCCUGGUCUGCCUUCCAUGUUGAAGUCCGUUUCCACUAGAGAGAGUUGCCAGGUAUUUGCCUAUUAGUGGAGACUGAUAGGCACUGCUCACUUCAGAUGUGCUGUGUAAAUAGUUAGUGUACAUGGCUGCGAAUGAUUGAUUGUGUUGUAGAGACUACUGUAAAUAAUAAUCCUUCAGUUCAGGAACCAAAAGCAAGACAUUUUUUUGUUUUUUUUCUUUGUUUUGUGUGCGUUCCCCCAGGAUAUCUCAGAGCUUUUAUAUUUUUGUUAUCUAAAAAUAAAAGAAUAAAAAACACUACUGUACUUUACUGUAACACACUCUAGUCACUUUGUGAUACUGUCUUCACUGCCUGUCAUUUUUGGGAUUUAUAUAUAUACAGUAUCUGAAAAGAGAAUUUUAUACUAUUUUUUUUUUACAGAAUUAAGUUUGUAAAAAGUUUAAGGUUUUUGUUUAUAAAAUUGUAUAAAGAGCAGUGCAGUCUGUGCUGGACAAUGUCUGUACCCUACUGGCUCAAUCCCUGUUGCAUCACAGGGCUGAAUGCGUUAAUUGCCACGCUGAUGAAUGCAUGUAGAUUGCAAUUGCAAUGCAUUCACAGGUGGACCGAGGCUUUCUGCGUAAAGCAGCCCUGUGUUUUUAAAGUAUUGGUUUGCCAAAGAACCGUAACGUAUUUGUGCAGCAAUUAAGUAAAUUGUGGUGGAAAGCAAAAAGUGAGUAAAACGUUUGUUUGCCUUUGCAUGAUCUUAAUCUGUUUGUGGGGAGGAAAAACAAAAUGCAGGUUGUGCUUUGUAAGGGAUUUGUUUAAGCCAGUCGGCACAACAGGGUUUAGUUCUGACGAGAGCUCACUCGGAAUUGGCAGGUCUAAUGUAGACUCAGAAAGCAAACUGCACCCCCCCCCCCCACUCCCCCCACCUGGAGUCGCCUUCCAAUUGAUCGUGGGGCCUGGUCAAACCAAAUCAACAUUCUGUCCUGAAGGCACUAAAACAUGCCAGUCGUUUACUGCUCAGUGGGACUAAGGAAGUAGAUUUUGGACUGGCCAUUCUAGAAGUGUGUUUAGGAAGCUCCUUGCUGUUCAGCUGAAAUGUCACCAGGAUCAUCUUGCCUCACACACCUGUUACCUUUUUUUUUAUUUGUAUACCCCCUUUUGAACUGGUCCAGUGAACCUGGAUAUGGACUAACAUCUCUUGGUACGACAGCGGGGGUGCUUUGGGAUGGAAUUGGGGGGGGUGGGGUAGUUCUCUUUUUUGUUUUGGCUUGUAUUGUCCAGCGCAUACCGACCUGUCUUUCACAAUGUAUAUAUAAAAAAAAAAAAAAAAAAAAAAAAAAGCUUUAUGAAUGACUGAUCUCUCCAGAUUUAGCACUUUGUGUUUCAGUACCUCAGAAAAUAAAAUUAAAUUGAGUUUGAAAAUAAAA